CCGAGUGAUCGCUGUCACGCUUCCUAACCCGCCUUGCGAGCCGCGGUGCUCGGCUUGUCCCGCCUGCCCCUGGCCGUGACCAGCACCGGAAAGUUCAUUGCUGGUAUGGCUCUGCCACCUCCAGACCCACAGUUUGUGCUCAGAGGCACCAGUGCUGCAGUCCACGCGCUGCACUUUUCCUGUGGAGACCAAGAACCUGAUGUUCCCAUUCUUUUCUCUGGGUCUGAGAGUGGUCUUAUCCAUGUCUGGAACCUGAAAACACGCAGAGUGGACACAGCACUAGAUGGCCACGGAAGAAACUCUGUCUACUGUGUGGAGACGAUGGGUAGUAAAGACAAACUGCUCAGUCAGGGUCGUGACCAGAGGAUCUGCUUGUGGGAUUUAGCAGAGGGGCGGACGUCGGUGCUGGAUUCUGUCUUCACAGAGAAUGUGGGAUUCUGCAGGUGCUCUCUGUUAAAGAUGGCACAGGGACGCUGGCUAAUGGCCAUGGCCUCCAAAGCCCUGGCGGAGGUUCAGGUUUUGGAGCUGCCAUCCAAGACAUCAGUCUGUACCUUGAAGCCAGAGGUGGGUGCCAAGCUGGGCAUGCCCAUGUGUCUGAAGUUAUGGCAGGUCAGCUGUGGUUCACAACCUUUGCUUCUGGCUGGCUAUGAAGAUGGAUCAGUGGUCCUUUGGAAUCUGUCAAUGGGAAAAGCAUUGAGCCAACUUGCUUGCCACCAGGAGCCAGUGAUGAGCCUUGACUUUGACUCGGAGAGGACCAAGGGGAUCUCGGGCUCAUCUGAAAAGGUGCUUAGCAUCUGGAGCCUCAAUGAGCAACAGAACCUCCAGGUUUACAAAACACACAGACUUGUCAAUGCUGGCAUAUCUGAUGUCACCAUCCGUCCAGACAGGAAGAUUUUAGCAACAGCAGGGUGGGAUCAUCGCAUCAGGAUCUUUGGCUGGAAAAAAAUGAAGCCCCUAGCAGUCUUGGACUACCACACAGCAACCAUCCAUUGUGUGUCCUUCUCAGAUCACAGCCAGCCCAGUGAGAGACUGCUGGCAGCCGGCUCAAAAGAUCACCGCAUCAGUAUCUGGUCAAUAUAUACUCAGACGUGAUGUGUUCUGCACUGCUGGACUAAGAAAACAGGACUGGUGAAGCAAUUCUUUACACUGGAAUUAACACCUGGAUGUGGGAAUGCAGUAGAAUGUAUUUCCAGAGUGAAGUAAGAGUCCUCAGUUACUUUUUACACUUCCUUGUUCAAACUGCUUGUUUUCUAGAGAGGAAAAUGGAUUCUGACAAUUCCCAACAAGGACCCAGAACAAGCUGCUGUGACUUCUGCUACAGGCUUUGUAACAGCUUUUCUGUGGCAGGUUGCUUUAAAAGCCUGCACCAGUAUCUUCUUUUGUGAAAAAGGACUGGAAUCCUUCAGACUGUGGUGGGGGGCAGAAUCCAUCUGUUUGUAAGUCAUUUAUGUAUCAAAGAAUCUGAACCAGUGUAAAAUAUCUCUCUUUGUUGAAAAUUUAUACACAUUACACUACCUCCAGUGGUUUCUCAUUGUCAGUUACUUUUUCUUCCCCAUAACUGAAAGGCUAUCAGAACAACCUUGAUUUGUUCACACUUCUGUCAGUUUCUAACUUAAACCAACAGUCAGGAAUGUGACUAGGGACGGCCUUUGGCAUUUAUGAAUUUCAUUACAUCUCCUGUCACCUCCAGCCUCUCAAUUAAUCACAAGAAAGAAAGAGGAAAAAAAAGAAAGAAAUCUUCCCCUGCACUGCAAAGCUAAGUAAAGCCUUUUAUAGUGCCAGUGCUAAAUCCUUUCCAUAGACUGACUAGCUGAAGGAUUUAAACUCAGCAAUCCAAUUAGCACCCUUCUCCUUAGAGAGUUAAGGGUAAGUUUCAGCAGGGCCAAGUCUGGGAUUCAGCUACACAGCUUCCAUUAACAUUUAGGCAACUGCAUGGACAACUGUGCAAAUGGCUCCAUUAACUUGGCAUCUCUACGGCCAGGGAAGCUGAAAUUCAUUCGCGAAGGGUUUUUUGUUUGAAUGCUGAAGCAGCAUUUGCGUUCCUUGGAAGCCCCUUAGCCAUACAGCAGCCUGCUCACAAGGCCCAGUUUGUUCAAAAGGAGCUUUACAAGCUGAAGUGUUCUGUGUCCAGGCUGUGCACUGCUGAUACUUUACUGGAAGUACUUGUUUCUGCCUCUGUACAGAGCUGGACAUCAAAGAAAAAGUCGCCAGAAUCAAAAGCCCUUAGAAAUUAUUUCAGGGAAAACACACAAGCAAGUGAAGGCCUGGGUCUGCUCUCCAGCUGUGCUGUACAGGCAGAGAAUACGCUGGACUAGAAGCCUCAAGCACCAAGCCUGAUGUUCUUUCCAUUAAAACACAGACACAGGUUGCUUGUGGCCUCACACAUAUUGGAGUGUGCUGACACUUUAAAUAAUGCAUUUCUUUGAUUAUUUCUUUACUGUUCAGUAGCUGCAUGCAGGAUCACAUUGCAAUUGGAAGCCAAAGCCUAAUUUUGAGCAAUCCUGAGUUAAGGGGAGGUGCUGGUGUUCAUUACAUCUACCAGACAG